AUGUCUGCCAGGGCUAUCCAGAAGACACGUUAUGUUUCUGCCACGGCCAUUCAGAAGAGAUGUUAUGUCUCUAUCAGGGCUAUCCGGAAGAAGCAUAACGUGGCAAGCUCAUCUCAUCCGGAAAAGAUGUUAUAUGUCUACCAGGACUAUCCGGAAGAGACGUUAUGUUUCUGCCACGGCCAUUCGGAAGAGAUGUUAUGUCUCUAUCAGGGCCAUCCGGAAGAGAUGUUAUGUCUUUGUCAAGGCCAUCCGGAAGAAGCAUAA